AUGAGAGCAGCAGGGAAGAAGAAGAAGAAGAAGAAGAAGAAAAAAAGAAGUGCUAUGGAGGAGCUGAAAGGGGCAUCACUUAUUAUCCAGUAUAUAGUCAUUGCCCUCCUUAUUCUCUCACUGAUUGGCUCUGCUGGCAGCAUACUCAUCACCCUGUACAACAGUGCCAGCAACCCCUAUCAGACGUACAUGGGACCUGUGGGGCUGUAUGCAUGUGCUGGUUUCAGUGUGACGAUGUCCUUCCUGGCUUUGAUCAUCUAUGUGUCAACUAUCCACCUGGAUCGUUCUGGUGAGACCAUUAUUUACAACAAUAUUGUGGGUGCGGAGUUGUCCGAGUUCAAAGCAGACAUGCAGCUGGGCUUCUACAUGAUUCUCCCAUACAUUGCACUGAACGUGCAGGCUAUCCUGCUGGUGUUCCUGUAUGUUCAUGCAGCCUACACUCAGAAGAGAGAGCAACAGAAGCCCACAGAGGAUGCCCCCAAGGAGAUCAUGAUGUAUUGA